CGAUAAACGUUGUUUUAAUAAAUUCCAAGAGAGUACUUUCGUGUGGAGACACUGCGAAAUGGAGUCGUCACGCAAGUUCUUCCCUGCCGUUGUCCUCCUGCUUCUGAUCGUCGCAACCACUGAUAUGGCGGCCGUGCAGGCGAGGGAGUGCGAGAAGAAUAGCGCCAAAUUCGUUGGGCUUUGCAUGAACGUAGACAACUGCGCCAACGUGUGCCGUGGUGAAGGGUUUGCCUCUGCCAGGUGCAGCACAUUCCGCCGUCGCUGCGUCUGCGUUAAGCCGUGCUAGAUCAAGUGGAGGAUGCGCGUCAGACCGCCGACCGAUAUAUUAUCGACCACCAGAUGCGUGCAUCAUCAAGUUAUUCUUCAUACAUGGUGCCUGCAUCAUGCAUGUAUCUAUGU